UUACAUUCCAUUAUCCUGGGCUGGACAGGGGGAAGAGCCACCAGCCCAAGGACAGGUAGUGAGCCUGCCUCCUCAGCUACGUCGCGAAAAAGGCCGGGGCCACCAAACUGAUAUAUUCCCUCCCACUCCCCAGGACAUGAUUUUUUUAUUUCCACCCUCCAGGGCUCUUUCCACUUCUCCUCCUUUCUGCCUUGCGCUUCUGAUUUUUUUUAGUCCUCCGAAGUUUGGUCAGGAAUAACACGCUUUGUUCUUUUCCAUCCAGUAGGAUGCCUUGAGACCAAAUCCAGCAUCUGGCUAAGGAUUUUUUUUUUAAAAACUGCCUUUUCGUGUGUGGAUUUCUUUUUUUCCUCUCUCUAUCUGUGCCGCCACACCCGCCCGACAUCGCACCUUUUCUUCCUGCUGCUGAUCGCCGUUCCAACUUGUGGGGUGCACGGCGGGCCGUCGCCCAUCCAUUUUCCGCUUCCCCUACUCAGAUGCUAAGCUUAAUUUAAGGCGCACCAUGGAAGAUUUGAAGUCGGGUUUCGAAGAGGUGGAUGGCGUACGCCUGGGCUACCUGAUGAUCCGGGGCAAGCAGAUGUUCCCCCUCUCGCAGGUCUUCACAGAUCUUCUGAAGAACAUCCCGCGCACCACGGUGCAUAAGCGCAUGGACCACCUGAAAGUCCAAAAGCACCAGUGCGACCUGGAGGAACUGCGGAAGCUCAAGUCCAUCAACUCCAUAGCUUUCCACGCCGCCAAAUGCACCCUUAUUUCCCGCGAGGACGUAGAGGCGCUUUAUACCUCGUGCAAGACCGAACGGGUGCUGAGAACCAAGCGACGGGGAGGCGCAAAGCCUGGCCAGGGGACCCCGUGCCCCGACCCCUACCCGGCUUUUUGGAAAGACGGCGGCAAACUUUGCCCGAGCUUGAAAGAAGGGACUACAAACCAAGCCAGCAGCAGAAAGAAAGCAGCCUGGCGCAAGGCAGCGGCCGCGGCGGCGGCUGCACAAGCAGGAGCUUUCCUACCGGCCUCGGAUCUACCUCAUUUUUGGAGCAAAUCCGCAGGGCGCAGUUUGCCAAACUUUGGCCGAUUGCCUAGCAAUGAGGCUGUAAACUAUGAAACGGCCCAGCUUGGCCCCGGCUACGUCUCUCUGGCCACAGAACCCGCUUGUUUUCAGAGCCUGCUUUGCUCCAAGCAUCCUCAUUACUACUACCAUUCCUCGGCCGCCAUUGCCACUCAGCCUAAGAUCGCGGCGGCGGCGGCGGCGGCGGCGGCGGCAGUCUCUAGAAGCAAACCGCUGGGUCUGGGCUGCAGAACGAAGCGGAAAAAGAGCACCGAGAGACGUUUCUCUGCCGGGUGCGGGCGGCGUGUGUUGAUCCUGCCCCGAGCUUGCAAAGCAGCUCGGAGCGCCGUGGCAGAGAGGCUGCCUGGACUGUGCGGCUUUCUGACCCCGCAGCCUGCCCCAGCUUUGCCGGAUCCUUACAGUAGCGACUCGGAAUCCAGCUCCUAUUCGAAUCACGCAGACAACGACUCCGACUUCUGCUCCAGCCUGAGCAGCACCAGCAGUUCCGGUUCUUCUGAGGAAGAAGAGGAGGAAGGCAGCUGCGCCUCUGAGUCCAGUGAGCUCAGCUCUGACGAGGAAGAGCAAGAAGAGGAAGAAGACGAGGAGGAGGAAGAGGAAGAAGAGACCAGCUCGGAAUCUGAUUCCAGCUCCGGGUCCAGCCACGUCUCGGUCCAGAGUAUCCGCUUCAGGCGCACUAGCUUCUGCAAAUCGCCCACCCUCCAGACUUCAGCCGGCCUCGUGCCCCAUCCAACUCAUUUUGCUGGCCACGAGGAGCUUCCAGGUCCAGCGCAGUUCGUCAAAUGCGAAGCGUCGGAAGAACCUGAGGACUGGAAGAUCCCGGCUGGCUGGUUUUCAAAAGCUGAGCCGGGCUUGGACUGCACCACUCAUCCUGCCGGCAGUGCUUACUUAGGAUUGCUGGAACAGCCCACGGAAGGAGCCGGUGGCGGCGAGGGAAGACCCCUCUUGACUGGCGAGGACCACUCCACACUCGUGCCUGAGGUAAAGUCUCUUGACCUGCCUGGGGUCCCCUGGUUAGCCUGCGGUGACUCUUCUAGCUUAAAGCCAAACUACAUUUUGCCCCAAGCAAGAUUCGGAGAGGGCCAGAUCUGCCAGCCUGCCCUUGCCUCUCACCCUCAUUCUUCUCCUCUUUCUCCAACUGGUGCAGACAGCACCACUGCUGCCCUAACCCACCUGUCCAAGGAGCUUCUGGGAAAUGCCCAGUUCAAUGUGAGAUCAGCCACUUGCCAGGGAACUGCUGCUGUUGCAAGUCCAGAUCUCCAAAGCCAUGUCCAGCUCCUCUCUUUUGUGCCCAUUGCCCAGAUCAAAGUUGAGGACAGCAGUGCUAAUGCUGAGUAUGGAGCUCUCCCAGUACAGAUCCCACUCAAAUGGGAAGAGAGUGACCAGGAGACCAAGAUGGAGGCAGACUGCCAGUCAUCACCACAGCCCAGCCCCACCCAGCAUCCAGGAACUCUUCUGCUGUCAGCUAAGGCAGACCCUACCUGCCUAGAGGACUGUCCAAGACCUCCCAAGAGCACUCUGUGUCCAGCGUCUCUGAGCCGGACCCUUGCUGCAUGCACUUUAGGCCCUGCUUCUGCUGCCAAACCUGAGGAUGGGGAUUACAAAUUUGGAGCCCGGGUGAGGAAGAACUACCGCACCUUGGUGCUGGGCAAACGAGCCACCAUACCGAGCCCAGCACCACUCAAGCCAAAUCUGAAAUCAGCACGCAACCCCCGGCCACCUCCAGGGAAACUCCCAGAAGCUCAGGAAGGCGGCUUGGAUGAUUUAAGUGUUCUCAACAGACGCAAGAGGGUGGCCAGCAAUGUCACCUCCACCCUCAAGAGGCCCUUCAGUCUCAUGGGCAACUUUCCCUGCCCUCCCUCCUUGAUGGUUGGCCCAGAUGGAGAUCUCAUGCCAGCCUAUACCUUAAGCACCACCAAGAGUGCCCAACUACCACCCAAGGCCCAUCCUUUCUGGAAAUGGCAGCUGGGUGGGCCACCAAUACCUCUUCCACCCAGCCACAAGUUCAGGAAACUGAACUAAAAAAAGAGCUAGGGUGGGAAGUCUACUUUUAUGGUUGAUGUGAGGAUGGCUUGAGUUUCUGAAUUCAUCCUAAUAAUAAUAGUUAUAAUUAAUUAUCAUUUUGAUUCUCUCCCUUUCCCAACACCUUUUUUCACUACAGUUCAAUAUUCUGGUUUUUCUUCUAUCGCAUCUGCUUGCAUUUUGAUUUUUGGAAUUCUACUU